UGCACUGCACUCUUUGUCGACACUAGAGUCCCUUACUUUUUCUCUAGUCUAGUCCACAAUGAAGACGCCAUUUUGAGCGGCAAGUGGCCAGACUCUAUAUUCUAGGGACUCUAGUAGUAGUAGAGCUAUAUAUGUAUUCCGAAGGUAUUUGACGAGCCGUCAUGGCCGUGUCGGCUAGCCGAUAACCUCAGAAUGCCCGCGCCGUGCGUCGUACCAAAUUGCAAUAAUUUGUAUGGUGAAAACCGCUCAGUAUUUCGAAUGCCAAGAAAUGCCGUUCAAUAUAAACAAUGGGUGGCAGCCAUUCCAGGCAUUCUUACACUGAAGCCGACACACUUUGUUUGCGACAAGCACUUUAACAAGGAAGAUAUAAUCCGUGAAUGGAUUAAACGAGACUCGAAUGGUCGAAUCAUCGCUCAGGAACCAUACAAGCGCCCUUAUCUCAGAAAGCUUGCUGUUCCAUCAAAGUUUCAUGACCUUUCAACAACAAAGGACACGAUUCGAACAAGGUAAUGGAAAAUUUCUGGCGAGUCCGUUGGCUUCGUGAGCGAUUCGGUUCAGCUUGGAUCUUCGAUCAAGGAUUCCUCUACUGAAACAGGUAUUAUUGUACAACUUAAAAAAAUAUAAUGGAAUGUAGUUUAUAAUUACAAUAUUAAAUUUUUUAAAUUUACAGGUACCAGUUGCAAUUUUGUGUUGCCAAUUGUGGAUGGCGUCGAAUUGGUUUCACCGAUGGAUGCUGAUCCUCCGGUAACAACACCGGUAGUACUCGCGGAUACCGAUUCUCCGGUGACAACACCG